CCUCCCAGGUGUGGGCCGGGCAGGCGGCCGCGGCAGAUUUUAUCAUGUGGGCAACCUGCUGCAACUGGUUCUGCCUGGAUGGACAGCCUGAGGAGGUCCCACAACCCCAGGGAGCCAGGACGCAAGCCUAUUCCAACCCUGGGUAUAGCUCCUUCCCUUCUCCAACAGGCUCAGAACCGAGCUGCAAGGCCUGUGGGGUCCACUUUGCAAACACGGCCAGGAAGCAGACCUGCCUGGACUGUAAGAAAAAUUUCUGCAUGACCUGUUCGAGCCAAGUGGGGAAUGGGCCCCGCCUCUGCCUUCUCUGCCAACGGUUCCGAGCCACAGCCUUUCAGCGGGAGGAGCUCAUGAAGAUGAAGGUGAAGGACCUGAGGGACUAUCUCAGCCUCCAUGACAUCUCUACCGAAAUGUGCCGGGAGAAAGAAGAGCUGGUGUUCUUGGUGCUUGGCCAGCAGCCUGUAAUCUCCCAGGAGGGCAGGACUUGUGCCCCCACCUUUUCCCCAGACUUCCCUGAGCAGCAGGUCUUCCUGACCCAGCCUCACACCAGCACAGUACUUCCUACCUCACCCAAUCUCACUCCUUCACCUGCACAAGCCACCUCUGUUCCUCCAGCCCAGGCUCAGGAAAACCAGCAGGCUAAUGGCCGUGUGUCUCAGGACCAAGAAGAACCCAUCUACCUGGAGAGCACAGCCAGAGCACCUGCUGAGGAGGAGACCCAGUCUGUCGACUCAGAGGACAGUUUCGUCCCAGGCCGGAGGGCCUCUCUGUCUGACCUGACUGACCUGGAGGACAUUGAAGGCCUGACGGUGCGGCAGCUGAAAGAGAUCCUCGCUCGCAACUUCGUCAACUACAAGGGCUGCUGUGAGAAGUGGGAGCUGAUGGAGAGGGUGACGCGGCUAUACAAGGAUCAGAAAGGACUCCAGCACCUGGUGUGUGGUGCUGAAGACCAAAAUGGAGGAGCGGUACCAUCUGGCCUGGAGGAGAACCUGUGUAAGAUCUGCAUGGAUUCACCCAUUGACUGUGUUCUGCUGGAGUGUGGCCACAUGGUAACCUGUACUAAGUGUGGCAAGCGCAUGAAUGAGUGUCCCAUCUGCCGGCAGUAUGUGAUUCGAGCUGUGCACGUCUUCCGGUCCUGAGGGCCUGCACCGGCUUCUUCAGUGCCUUACGGGACACAGCCUGGGGUGUCUGGGCUCUGGGUUGCCAGCUUGCAGAGGGGCAGGCUAACAUAAGAAAUAUUGCUGUAUUCCCAAGACCAGGGCAAGCAAAGAUGCCAUGUCAUCCCUGAGCAUACCUUUCUUGCCAGGGGUGCACCUUUUGUCUGGCAGAGCCCCUGAGGCCAGUGGGAACUAGAACGAAUCACAUGGGUGAAUCCCUGUUUCAGUUAUCUUGGGGUGAUGAUAAGUCAUGAACAGAGGAUUUCCAGAACUUGGACUACAUCUCCCUUCCUCUGAGAACCUGGACACAGUUUCCCCCUUCGUCCUAUACCCCACCCAUGCCCUGGAUCUGCUUGUCUCUGUUUCAUCAUCCAGAAGUCCUGCUAGAAAUGGCUCGUUCCCAGCACAUUUAGAUUUAAAUUUCUGGUCUCUCUGGCUAUGUGUACUUUAAUCUACCUUUGCUAGAGUCUCUUGCUACAUUGCUUAAGUCCAUUUGUUUCUUUGGACCAAAAAUAUGUUAAUUUACCAGACCAAUAGUGGUUCAAAGGACAGAAUUUGGACUAGUAAAUUUAUCUCUGGUGAAAAAUGAAACACAAAUGUUAUAAAAAAA